CCAGCCCGACCCAUUCCGCACACGUCGGUGCCCGCGCGCCGGGGUAGCUGCGCAGGGGCUGCCGCAUUCCCCGAGUGUAGUAACCGCUCCCCUAGUUCCGGGUGGUUUGUGGCCCCGCCAUGGCCGCGGCCAGCGGGAACCGAGCUCGGGAUAAGUACUCGGUGCUGCUGCCCACCUACAACGAGCGCGAGAACCUGCCGCUCAUCGUCUGGCUGCUGGUGCGGAGCUUCCAAGAGAGUGGAAGCAACUUUGAAAUUAUAGUCAUAGAUGAUGGAAGCCCAGAUGGGACACGGGAAGUUGCUGAACAGUUGGAAAAGAUAUAUGGUUCAGAUAAAAUUCUUCUAAGGCCCAGAGCAAAAAAGCUGGGAUUGGGCACUGCUUAUAUUCAUGGAAUGCAGCAUGCCACAGGGAAUUUCAUUAUUAUUAUGGAUGCGGACCUCUCGCACCAUCCAAAAUUUAUUCCAGAGUUCAUCAAAAAGCAAAAAGAAGGUAACUUUGACAUUGUGUCUGGAACUCGGUAUAAAGGUAAUGGAGGUGUGUACGGCUGGGAUUUGAAAAGAAAAAUAAUCAGUCGUGGUGCCAACUUUGUAACUCAGGUUUUGUUGAGGCCAGGUGCAUCAGAUUUAACAGGAAGUUUCAGGUUAUACAGAAAGGAGGUCUUGCAGAAACUAAUGGAAAAAUGUGUUUCUAAAGGAUACGUCUUCCAGAUGGAAAUGAUUGUUCGAGCUAGACAGUUAGGAUACACUAUUGGAGAGCUUGUUGAAGAUCCAUAGACCCAAGUGGAUGUUGCAUACCAAAUGUGCAUUGAAUACAAAUACUGUGUCUGUUACGUCAGUGAAGUUGAGCAGAAGGCCACUUCAUGAUCCCCCUCUUGCCAGUGGUGAGGAAUUGAUGUUGGAACAUGAAGCAAGAACUUGUUUAACUCUGCCACUUCCAAUUAUUGCAGUCUCUGCCUAAACCACCCCAAUGGACUUUUUGCCUCACUGACCCAGUAGAAAUUUAGAGCAGGAGGUUGGCUGGGACUUCACAGCAUGUUGUGACCCUUGGGUGUCCAUUUCAUUGAUCCUUUCUUUGAGAACAAUUUGUUCAGAAAACUCAGUGGCUAACGAUAGAGUAAUAUUUUUAGACCUGUCUCUAGGUGUGAUCAACCAUACACUCUAGUAUCUCAAUCUUGAGGCACAGUUAAGACUGAUGGGUAGAACAGUGAUGAUAAAGAAAGCAGCAUGAUCCCAGAUAUUUGCCCCAUUUCCCUUACAAGCACAUUCUCACAGCUAAAGGGGAAAAGAAUGGAAGACAAAAUAAGCAGUACAGUGAGACCAGACACAACUAUACCUAGCACAGCAUUCAGGGACAUCAGAAGAUGGCAUUCAGCCACAAAUCAGUUGCUAGGAGAGGCUCCAACAACAAAAGUUAGGAACCACCAAUGCAGAUUCUAUCCAUCUUUGGAGACUACAGGUGUUGUUGCUAAGUCUCUGCCUACCUGAGGAACCCGUCUUCUAUUCUUGUCUCCAUGUGGAAAAGCACAGUAGUUUUGCUAAUACAACCAGCACACUACAUAUUUAAAUCUGUAAUAGUUUCACUUUUUAAAUGUUGAUAUGCUGUGUUCUGAACAUACUAAUUGUGCUAAAUGUAAUAUAAAAUGCAUAAUAGAUUUAAAACUGUGUUUUCUUUAUAUUAAUGAAGUUAAAUUCCUAAAAUAAUUAGAAUAAAUUGUUCUUUUUUUUGUUUCAUUUGUUUGUUUUUUUUGUUGUUUGGUUUUU